AAGGGGUGAGCGCUGGGGGGCUCGGACCUCUCAUACUGUACAUAUCAUACUUCAAUUGCUCACCCUCCCUGGUGCGCACUCUGCCGUUCCUCUUCUCCAUCUUCUUUGUCUUCAACUUCUUUCCCAUGCAAUAAAAAAAAGUCCCUCGAUCCCGGGAGGUAGCGAGACCGUCCCGACAAUCGCUCUCUCUGAUGCCAUCACCGACAGGUCUCGGCGCAACGAUAAUCGCAGUCUGUGUGUCACUGACCGUUUUAUCGGGUUUGUUUUUGGGUCUCAGAUUGUAUUGCAAGGUUAUUCGGCGUCGGGGCUUCUGGUGGGAUGAUUAUAUCUUAAUUGCGGCAUGGAUCUGCCUCGCCAUCGGCACUGGCCUCGUCAUCUUCAACGUCACCCUUGGUUUCGGCAAGGACAUGUCAGAGGUUGAUCCAGCGGUUGUACCCAAAAUCGCCCUUACCGGAACUAUUUUCGGACUCUUCGCAGUUCUAUCCGCAGCAUGGAGUAAGACGUCAUUUGCUCUGACAUUGAUUCGAUUAGUGGAUGGCUGGACGAGCUGGUUUCUAUGGUUCCUCAUCGUCGCGAUAAACAUCACCAUGAACUUGGUCAUUGUGUUCUCUUUUGCGAAAUGUACGCCUGCGAAGAAGGUCUGGCAUUCGGAUCUUCCGGGAACCUGUUGGAAUCCUAUGGUUGCGACAUACUAUAAUAUCUUUGCCGGAGCAUUCUCGGGGUUAGUCGACCUUGUGCUCUGUGUACUUGCUUGGACGAUUAUCUGGAAACUCUCGAUGCGGACACGGGAGAAAAUCGGAGUUGGAAUUGCUUUGACUUUUGGUAUCUUUGCCGCCGCCACUGCAGCAGCUAAAUGCUAUAAAAUGCUAGGCCUCAGCAGCAAGAAUCGUACUCUGGAUCGAGUUGGAAUCAUAAUAUGGGGUACAACUGAGUGUGCCGUCACCAUCAUGGCAGCAUCCAUUCCUGUCAUGCGCAUACUGGUAUUGCGAGUCUACCGCCGCACUCCCGAUCAAAUCUUAAAUCAACCACUACGCACUCUUCGUAUAAUCAGCACUCAGGACAAGAGAGCUUCAACAAACAACACAAUGCCAAGCUAUAACACGGAAGAAGGUUUUAGAGACCUUAGCUUACCUUCGCGGACAAUGUCAGGGAGGCAGAAUGAUAUAGGUCUGUAUGAGAUUAAUAGAAAGGGUUAAUACUGCUUAUUAUAGAGAUAAUUAUUGAACUAAAAGGACACCGUGAAACUGCACUCAAA